AUGAAAGCCCAGUAUUUCGAUGAAAUCGUUCCGGCGAUGAUGACCGAAUUCGGGUUCGCCAGUCCGAUGCGGGUGCCACGGAUCACCAAGAUCAACCUGAACAUUGGCUUGGGCGAAGCGUUGACCAACGGCCGCGCCAUGGAAAGCGCCGUCAGAGAUCUGACGACGAUUUCCGGCCAGAAGCCGAUAAUCACCCGGGCGCGCCGGUCCAUCGCCAACUUCAAAGUCAGGGAAGGCAACCCCAUCGGCACGACUGUGACCCUGCGGGGCGACCGUAUGUACUACUUCCUGGAACGCCUGAUAUUGACGGCGCUGCCCCGUAUUCGCGACUUCCGAGGCAUAUCACGACGCGGCUUCGACGGGCGGGGCAAUUUCUCGUUGGGACUGCGCGAGCAGAUUGUGUUCCCCGAGAUUGACUACAACAGCAUUGACCGGUUGCGGGGCUUCCAGGUAACCAUCACUACCAACGCAACCAAUGACGCCGAAGGGUCCCGAUUGCUGGAACACUUCGGGAUGCCCUUCAUACAGCAGUAG